AUGGCGACGCCAAAAACAUCCGCUGUUGUUGUCGAGCCCGUGCAAAAGGAGUCGAAUCCAUUUUCUCAUGAACCUGCGGGUGACUGUCAGUUAUUGCCCUCCUACAACGAAUACCCUGCACGCCGGGCAUGCAUGAACCCACCAAGUGACCAUCAAGAUCCCUAUCGACCUCCAUCACCCAGCAAAGGCUACCCAGAGAACAACAGUGCAGCCAUCCUGUCAGCUUUGAGACAUCUCCAGGAGAAGAUACGGAGGUUGGAACUGGAGAAUAAACUUGCCGAAAGGAGAGACGCUCAGAGUCCACACGUCAUGCGGAUAAUGCAGAGGAACUCGACCAGCCAGACAGACGAAGGGAGAGUGAUGGGCAAUCAGUCAAACUGCAACCAAGCUGUAGUCACCCAACUUGCAGCUACGGAAUCUCGCUGCGCCAACCUGGAGCGCCAGCUGGAUCACAUGAGAAAGCUGUUGGACAAUGCCCGGGGAGAGAAAAGCCUGCUCAAGCAGCAAGUGACGAUGGGAGCGUCGAGGUCCCCGCACGAACAAGUCAACACAGCAUCUGCACAUGCCCAUCUUCAGAAAAUAUUGCGACUGGAGCAAGAAUAUCUGAGGCUGACGCGUACUCAAGCCGAAGCUGAGGUGAAGAUUCACGAGCUGGAGCUGAAACUGCAGGAGGAGGAGCACCAGAGGAAGCUGGUCCAGGACAAAGCCAAGCAGCUGCAGUCGCGUUUUGAGGCCAAUAGAAUCUUGCUGGGUUCAGGCACUCUGCCACGGUGGAGCAGCACACACCCCGUAGAGCGGAAGGGCCUUUUGAAGAAGCGGCCUUCCUACUUUGAACCUCACUACAGACUGAACCUCAGGGAUGUCCCAUUUGUGGCUGGAACGUCGGUAGGCGGCAGCCACUCAGUCCGAGCCAACGUGCAGUCGGUUUUGUCCCUACUAAAGCACCACCAACCUCAACUGUGCAACAGCCGCGUUCUCGGCGUCCGUUCGCGGACAACUAACCGUCGCCAUUCCGACACUUCUUCUGCGUCUUCCAGCAGUGGGGAUCUGACAGAGCUUCUGCAGAUGCUGCAGGAUGAACUGAGGGUGAUGAGCUUAGAACAGGAUGAGCUGAUGCAUCAGCUAGACCGCAGCGUUCCUCUGCAAGAAAGAAAGCAGCUGGAACGCGAGCAGGAGACGCUGCUCCUCAAAAUGGAGCGCAAAGGCGAACAGAUCGCAAAGAUCUACAAGCACAAAUUACAGAUGAAAAAAUUCAGAAAGGAGACUUGCAGGAAUCAACCCAAAGCGAGAGCACCCAAACCAGGAGAGAAAAGCAAGUACAAUCUCAGGCUGCUCAAGGACAUGAAAGCCUUGCAAACAUCUUUAAGCACUUGA